AUGUGGGCGGCUGUGGGAGGACACCUGGAGGUCGUGACUUACCUGGUCACUCACGGCAGUCAGUUAGACGCUACAGACACCAGGACUGGAUGGACACCAUUAAUGUUGGCGGCUCAGUUAGGACACCUGGAGGUUGUGACUUACCUGGUCACUCACGGCAGUCAGUUAGAGACUACAGACAACUUUGGACAAACAGCUUUACAUUAUGCUGCUGAGGAUGGACGGAUUGAUAUAACAAAAUGUUUAAUAGAUCAAGGAUGCAGUCCUUGGGUGAAAUCAUUGGAGGGUAAGACUCCUUAUGAUCUGGUAACAAUAUCAGAGUAUUGUUCUGAAGAGAAGAAGAAAGAAGUGAUAGACUUUUUUAAGACUGUCAUGUCAAAGACAUCCCCAGAAGUAACUCCUGACACCCAUUUACAGGAGCCUGCAGCACCAGUAGUUGAAGACAGCAAAAUACCAGAACAAAUAAAAAAGAUGGAUCAUGAGUCGAUUGCCAUUUAUCUGAACGCCCUUAAAUCAGGUUCAGAAAGAAGACGAGAUAUAAAUUUAAUAAUUGUUGGAAAAAAAUCUGUUGGAAAGACUUCCUUAGUACGAAGAUUGUUCGGGGAGGAGUUACAAAGAGUAAAAAGCACAAAUGGUGUAGAAAUUCAUCGGCGAAGAUGUCGAAUAAAUCUAAGUAACUGGGAAUGGAAUAAGGUGUUAGAUACAAGAUUAGUGAAAGAAGCAAGUAUCAACAAUAGAAUAUUGCAGUCAAUUGUCAAAGAGUUGCAUCAAGAUAAAGAAAAACCAAAGCAUGACAUAUUGGAGAUAUCAGAUCAGAUAUCAACAGAUGAUAAUAAGGGCACAAUCACCAAAAAUAUUGAACAUGACGAAGAACCUCAACCCAAACAUGCUAAAAUGAAUUAUCAGUUUGCUUAUCCGGAGAUUACAGAACCGCCGAUUUCUAAACUGGCAAAGGAUGAGCUGUUAAGUAUAAUCGGAUCUGCUGUAGACUUACAAGACGAAGACGACUAUGCAAAUUUAACAGUGUGGGAUUUUGCUGGUGACAUUGAGUAUUACAACACACAUCAAACGUUUUUGAAUUCAGAAGCAAUUUUUCUUGUCGUAGCAAAUUUACAUGACAUAGAUGACACAGUAUCCUACGGCACAUUCAAUUUCUGGAUGGAUACAAUACAUUGUUAUGGAAGCAUAAACGACAAAACUGAAGCUGUAUUGCUCGAAGGAGCUCACAACCUUCUAGACCCACCAGUUAUUGCAAUUGGUACACACAAGGACAAAUUUCAGGACGAAGAACAAUGCAGAAAACGUCUCGAAUCCUACACUGAUAAAAUAUUUAAAGAUUCCAAGCUUCACCUGAGAUCAAUUCACCUGAUCUCCAACACAGAGGAUGUAGAAGAUGCUUUUGAAAAAUUGAGGAAUGAUAUAUUUGCCACAGCAAAGAGUACUGCAAAUUGGAAUCGAGAAUAUCCUGUUAAAUUUAUUCAGAUGGAAAAAGCCAUCAACUCUGAACUUACGAUCGGAAAACAAAUAAUUUCUUUUGAAAGAUUAAAAGAACUAGGUGAGAAAAUACCACUUCCGAUAACUGAUAACAAGGAGCUUCAUCUCUUUCUCAGGUAUCAACAUGAAAUUGGUAACGUGAUAUUUUUUGAAGACAUUCCGUCAUACAUCAUACUUGAUCCCCAAUGGUUAGCAAAUGCCUUUACAUGCAUUGUUACAGCCCAGCAGUUUCAACUGGAAUUACCACACUUACAAUGGAACAACUUCAAACAAACAGGAAAGAUGGAUCCUAAGCUAUUGGAAGAAAUAUUCAAGAAACAAUCAGCAGACAUGAGAAUUCAUAAAGAGCAUAUACUGGAAGUAAUCGAAAAGUUUGACAUUAUCAUCUAUCCAUUGCUACUGACGGAAGGUGGAAAUGUACAAAGGGAGCAUAGUGUUUUUUACGUUCCAUGCAUGCUUCAAACAUUAAAAAUUAAGGAUAUUGAUGUAUUGUUUAACGUUCCAAAUGCUAGCAAAUCUACAUGUAUGUGUUUUGUCUUUAGUUUUUUACCGCCGUAUCUAAUCAGCAAUCUGAUUGUCUCUUGUCUACGAGAAUAUCCUCUAGCAGUGGUGAAGGGCGAGAUAGGUCUCUUCAAGGAUUGUUGUGUAUUCAAUAUUGACAGAACUGGCUGUGCAAAAUUUGUAUUAGCAAAGAGUAGUCAUAUGAUUCAGCUGCAAGUAUGGCAAUGGGAUGAAGUAGAUACAGAGGUUAACCAAGCUGUUUUAAAAAUUGUCGAAAGAGAAAUCAACAGAAUUAUCAACACGCGAUACAAGUUGAAAACGGUAUCUUUCGAAAAAAAAUGGAAGUGUGAGACCACCAGUUUCUCCUUUGACACAGGAUUCCUUGAAUUUGAUCAAGUACAUGAUGGGAAAAAAUAUUAUUGCGAAGAACAUGCGACAACUCAUAAAUAUAAAGACUAUUGGUCUGGUGAGAAAUUAAAGGUUCCCGGUAGAUUAAGUAGUGAGCAACAGAAUUACGUCAGAAUGUCAAGGAUAGUUCUAGAGGUAUUAUCAGGUGUUUUAUACGAUCGCUUAUUUUUAGAUACAAAGACUGGAGAAAUACUUGAUCGUAAAAAGUUGGACAUAACAGAAAUGUGUAAGAAAUAUUGUGCUUUAAAAAUAAACUUUCCAAGUAAAGGCUUUAGGAAAAUAGAAGAGGUUGACCAGAUUUCUACCAAUGAAGAUGCUAUUGGUGACGACAUUCAACGGAUACGUGUGAUCAGAAAUGAAAUGCAGCAUUCUUCUGUCUUUGCAUUAGAUGACACACGAUACCAAACACUAAUCACUAUAGUUCAUGAUAUGCUAACUAGAUUUGAUCAGCGUAACAAUCCAGCAGGUGAAUCCUACGUGAAACGAUUAGACGAAAUCAGGAAAAUGGAAUUAGAGACCAGGAGUUUUGAAGAGAUAAAAGAACGAAUGGAAGCAGGUAACUUAUGUGAUAUCUUUUUCAUGUUUGAAAUACAGGAAUAUAUCCUAAAUCUUGAAAGACAGAUAACACCACGUCCAAAUAGAAAUCGAUGGAAAAGAGUACAACAGUAAAAAAUCACUACACUAAACAGUAAAACCAAUGCUUUGAAGCCAUAAAAAAAACGUUCCCCUUUGUUCUCGGCUAUUGACGAUUACGAUCGGAAAACGUGAAUACAAAAAUUUAUCCUGUUUACAUUUCCUUGUUAAUAAAGGUAGAUAAACUACAACUUUUAAUUAACAAGUCUCGUCAGAUGAUAUAAUACUUUUCCAAAACUAUUAGAAAAAUGCUUGCUUUUAUACAGAAAAGAAAAAUAGGAAUGCAAGUAUACAAAACCAAAUAUAUCAACCCCGAAUUUAGAACACCUAACCAUUUGUAUGCAUGAUGUGCUUGUCGCCUUUGUGACGUUUUGUAUAAUAUGCGUAGAAAGUGUCCAUUACAUUACCUCCUAAUCGAAACAAAUGUUCUUAAACAGCUAUUAAAUAUAUU